GGGCUAAAUCUUUAUGUUUUGGAAGGGUUUUUUACUGAAUCCUGAUGCUGAAUGAUGUUUGUGGAAUUUUUGAUCUCUGUCUUGAUGUUUAGAGGAUUUUUCAGCUCAGUCUUAGUAUUUUGGUGAUUCUUACACACACAAGAUGCCCAAGGACUUCAUGAGAUAAAGUGCAGCAAGGAGCCCGAGGCCCUCUCAUCUCGUAUUUUCCCCCAAACCAGGAUUUUUCAUUCCCAUGGUGUGCCUGGAUGGAGGAGGAAAAGCCCUGGAGAUUCUGCACGAGGAGGGGCUGCAAACCCAGCCCAGGGAGCUGCAGGGAGGAAAGAGCCCCCCUGAGCCAGAAAGGCGGCCAGAGAUCCAGGCAGAGCUCAGAGCUGGUGGAGAAGCCUCAUGGCAAGGAGAAGCCCCACGAGUGUUUGGAAUGUGGUAAGGGUUUCAGCCGGCGCAUUGACCUGAUCCAGCACCAGGUGAUCCACACUGGGGAACGGCCCUAUGAGUGUGGGAAAUGUGGGAAGAGCUUCAACUACAAGCGCAACCUGGUCCAACAUCAGAGGAUCCACACUGGGGAAAAGCCCUUUGAGUGUGGGGAAUGUGGGAAGAGCUUCAGCCAGGGGGGCGGCCUGAUGCAACACCAGAGGAUCCACACCGGGGACCGGCCCUACAUGUGUGGGGAAUGUGGGAUGGGAUUCAAGCAGAAGGGCACGAUGCUGCAACACCAGAGGAUCCACACUGGGGAAAAGCCCUAUGAAUGUGGGGAAUGUGGGAAGAGCUUCAGGUGCAGCUCUGGCCUGAGGAAUCAUGAGAGGAUCCACUCUGGGGAAAAGCCCUACAAGUGUGGGGAGUGUGGGAAGAGCUUCAGGCGCAGCUCUGUCCUGAGGAAUCAUGAGAGGAUCCACUCUGGGGAAAAGCCCUACAAGUGUGGGGAGUGUGGGAAGAGCUUCAGAGAAAGCAGGGCCCUGAUUCGCCACCAAGUGAGCCACACGGGGGACCGGCCCUACACCUGCUUGGAAUGUGGGAAAAGCUUUGGAUGGAGCUCCGCCCUGAGAAAUCACCAGCUCCUCCACACUGGGGAGAAACCCUAUGAGUGUCCCCAGUGUGGGAAGAGGUUUCAUAUCAGCUCCAGUCUCCUCGUACAUGAGCGGAUUCACACAGAGGAGAGGCCCUUCCGCUGCCCCGACUGCGGGAAGGGCUUCAAGCGAAACUCCACCCUCACCAUGCACCGGCGCAUCCACACCGGGGAGAGGCCCUACGAGUGUGGGGAGUGUGGGAAGGGCUUCUCACAGAGCUCUAACUUGACCCAACAUCAACGGAGGUGCCACUAAGGGAAGCCCUGUGAGUGCCCCGAGUGCAGGGAGAGCUUCGUGCGCUGCUCCAGCUCCAUCCCCCAUGGUAGGAUCCGCGUUGGAUGAUCCCCAGUGACCCCCGUUGGGCAGAGCCCUGGUGAUCUGUGGUCCUGGUGAUGCGUGUUGGGAAGACACCUGGCUUGGAGGCUCCACAUCUUCCUGGUUCCCUGGGGGCACCUAGAUAAACCCAGCAGCAGGAACAUCCAUUGGGACACAGACCAAGAGUGGGAAUUCCUUGGGGAGAGCAGAUUUGUCAACUUGCAACCCCAUAAACUUGCAUUCAAUCCUAUCUU